AUGCAUAUCUACUGCUCGCCACCAAGAUUCGGGCGCGGGAGCGCCCAGGUAAAAACUAUACAUGGAAGCGAUCGGGGUAGCAACACCAUAAGCCCCUGGAAUAUAAGUGCUAGCCGUAAGGGGUCGGGUACUGUUGUGCUGGCUCGGUUGAGUUGUUAG